GUGCAAGAACAUCUCCUAUCGUAAUACUCCAUUUUUUUUCCUUCAAAGUAAAGUAAAAGUGAAUAUGAAAUAAAAAUACUAGGACCUAAUUCUAUUUCUAAGUGAUGAACAAACAAAAAAUAAAUUACUUCAUUUAUAAAAUACUUUAUAAUGGAAUGAGAUAUAAAAUUGAGUUGGGACAUUGUUUAUUACAUAAUCACUUUUACCCUAUUUUACAGAAAAAAUGCGUAGAGUUGGAGAUACCCUAAAUAACUUAUUGACAAUAGUGGAUUAUAUUAUUCAUAUGCUCUUAAUAUUUUGUUUCUACAAUUUAAUGACAUAGCAAUGAUUUGAUAUAUGGUUUAUUGGUACUCCACAUGCAAUUUAGCUCAUGUAUUUAAUUAAAAAAAUAUAGCUCAUGUAUAUUAACAAGAAUUUACAAAACCCAUCCAAUAUUUAUGUUCUUUUUUAAAAAAAAAUUGGUUUUCCAACUCUCUAGUCUUCGUCUGCAUUAUCAAUAAACAAUGAAAACUAUUUUGGUUUUUAACUUCAAAAAAAAAAAAACUCAGUAGAAAAUUUCCAUUUAAUUAAGGUAUAAACAUGUCAAAAAAACGGUAAUUAUCUUAAUCGAAGCGAAAAAAGGAAAACAAAUAAAUAAACCCUCCAAAAACCUUACGCCGGAUUAGUCUCAGAAAAACCUAAAUAGUUUCCUCUCCUUCCUCACCACGAUGAUGAUGACGACGGAUGAUGAUCUCAACGAUCCAUGCGAUUUCGUCACUGUAGAAGCGGAAUCGAACCCAGACUCACUCCAACAAUGGCUCUCCACCGUAGAAAACGGAAAGGCGAACGGGACGCGGCGGUCGGAUAUCUCCACGAAGGCGAAGAAGCACCUCUCCUCUCUCGGCUGGCGUUUCGCUUACUUUCCUAAACGGAAUAAGAAGCGAGAGCUCCGCUAUAAAUCUCCUAAAGGAAAGUGGUUCUACUCCUUAGCCACAGCUUGCUCGAGCUGUGUCCACGAAGACGACGAUGGCUCGAGACGAGAGCUGAUCGUUCCCGAAUCUGAUGAGUCUCCGAGAGACCUCUCAGUAGCUUUCAUCGAAACCGUUUCUGGUGAUAAUGUAUCGAGGAGGAGGAAGAAGAGAGUGAAGGAUUGUGAAACGGCGGCGUUUAGUGGGAACAAAGCGCUUAUUGUGUCGAAGAAGAGGAAGGAGAGAGUGAAUGUUGGUGAAACGGCUGCGUUUAGUGGGACCAAAGUCGUUCUCAUUGUUGAUGUGUCGAAGAAGAGGAAGAGAGUGAGUGACUGUGAAACGACUGCGUUUAAUGGGGUAGCUCUUAAAGAAGAAAAGAAUCAUCCUUUGUCUGAUAUUCUCAAUGUUGAUGUUAUAAACCAACAAGAGAAGAAGAGAAUGGCUGCUGCUGCGUUUAACAGCAAAGCCAAGGGGGAGAUAAGGCCGAGGUUUGAGAAGUCGUUGAGGAAGGUCUUACAAGUGAUGGAGAAGAAGAAUGAAACGUGUGAAAAGGAGUCUGUAAGGUUCUGGAGGAAAGACUGUGGUCCAGAGAAGAAUUGUGACGUGUGUUGUGUCUGUCAUUUUGGUGGAGAGUUGCUUCUAUGCGACGGUUGUCCAUCAGCGUUUCACCAUACUUGCAUAGGGUUGCACAUUCUUCCAGAGGAAGAGCUCUGGUUCUGUCCAUGUUGCUGCUGCGAUAUCUGUGGAUCAAUGGUAACGUUGGGAAACAGCAAGCUGAUGACUUGUGAGCAGUGUCAAAGAAGGUUUCAUCUAAAGUGUUUGAAACAAGAGACUUGUCUUGUUUCGUGUAGAGGCUGGUUCUGUAGUAAGCAAUGCAGCAGAGUUUAUUCCGGGCUUCAGAGUCUACUAGGACGUAAGAUUGUGGUAGGGGAAGAGGGUUUGGUUUGGAGUUUGAUUAGAGCUCCUAAUGAUGGUGAACACUACGAUGAUGAACAAAUGGCCAAGCUAGACUCUGCUGUUGAGAUACUUCACCAAGGGUUUGAGCCUUCAACGGACCCUUUCUCUGGGAGAGACCUUGUCGAGGAGUUGAUAUACAGGAAGGACGCUAGUGGCGUGGGUCGUGGGUUUUACACGGUUUUGGUAGAGAGGAACAACGAGCCUGUGACUGUGGCGGCGAUGAGAGUUGACAAAGAUGUAGCUGAGAUCCCUUUGGUGGCGACAUUGUCUAGUUACAGGAGAAGUGGGAUGUGUAGAGUGCUUAUGGAUGAGUUGGAGAAGCAGAUGUCUAGAAUGGGAGUUCGUAGAUUGGUUUUGCCUGCUGCUAAAGAGGUUGUGAGUACUUGGUCUCAGGGGUUUGGGUUCAAGGUGAUGGAUAGUUGGGAGAGGUUGGAGUUUGUGAAACAUGGGAUGCUUGAUUUCGUUGGCACUGUGAUGUGCAGUAAGUUUCUGAGGGAAAGAGAAGUGUCAGGAGAGUCAAGCUUAACUGAAUAGGAGUUGGGAACAGAACCUGAUAACACUUUUUGUCAUGUAAAGAUUCAAUCUACUCUUGACGUGGGAUAACAAAGCAUAUAACUUUUUGUACAUCUUUUAGUGUGUUAACUAAAUCAGACACCUUGAUCGGAUCCAUAACUACUGUAUACAAGUUUCUUAGAGAAACAACCAAGAAAAUGCAAUAUAAGAAGCAUUUUCUAAAGAGUAUUGGCUCAAUCUGAGGUAACAAGUUUUAAUC